UUACCUUUUCCUCACUUUUACUCAUCCCCUUGCUGCUUUAAUCCCCCUUUCUGCAGAUUUGCUGAGGAAAUGAACACAAGGAAAUGAAGCAACCUGUUCAUUUUCAACCAUUACAACAUGGUUUAUUCAACCAUUUUUGGCUUUAUUACUCAUUUCCAGGGCCCUUUAGUGCAGGUAAGCCCUUUUUUGCAUGCAAAGCCCCAAGCUCUGGAGGAUGGAUUUUAGGCCCUUCAGCGCCAGCUCUUAUCUCCCCUGCACACAUUUUCUCCAGGACCAGCAGCAAAUUUCUCCCCCCUCAAAGGAUUUCUCUGGACAUGAGAGGUAGACUUGGCUUAUCUCAGUUUUAGGGACUUUCCUCACUCAAAUAAACUUUGUCAGAUUUGGUUGAUGAAUGGUGGAGGUAGAGAUGUAUUUAAGAUGGAUUCAGCUCUGAACCAGCACAAGGAAUGGGGUUUUGGAUUAUAAUAAUAUCUACAAGGUAGAUGGGUCCAUCCAAAUGUGCUCCUCAUGUUCCCUUCAUAGUCAUUGGGAAAUUAAUUGAUAUAACUGCUCUCCACAGGACUUUCCAUAAAUGAACCAAGCUCUGUUACAACUGUUGGAGAAAAAAAUUGGCAUUUUCUUGAAGUAUUUUGAUCAGAUGUGGUGGUUGAACCCGUUUCCUGACAUAAAAAUGGGCAGAAAGCUGAUAAGGGCCUGUUUGGAGGACAAUAAUUUGAUUUUAUUCUUUCUUUCCUUCCCUUUCUUUCCUUCCCUUUCUUUCCCUUUCUUUUGCCUCCAGCCAGAAGAGGAGGACACUGCAGGCACAAUGGCUUUCUUUCUCAAACCACGGCCAUGCACAUGGGACCUUGCCCUGGACUACCACACUGCCAAACAGUUUGAAGUGGAUGUGACCCUGGAUCCAGCCACAGUGGGUCCUGAGGUGAUCCUCUCCGAGGACCUCAAAGAGGCCACUUGGGGCAGACCUCAGCGCCGGUGGCCUGAGGGUCCCAGCCGGUUCGACACAGAUCCGUGCAUGCUGGGCAGCGAGGGCUUCACCUCAGGCCGUCACUACUGGGAGGUGGAGGCCAAUGGGCGCUUCUGGACCGUGGGAGUGGCCCGUGAGUCGGUUCAGAGGAAAGGCCGUGUCCUCUUCAAGCCCAGCGCUGAGAUUUGGGGCUUGCAGAAGUAUGAUGAGCUCUGUGUUGCCCUCACGGCUCCAUCCAACACCUCCAUCCCACUCCUCAAUGGGGAGAUUGGGGUCUACCUGGACUACGAGGUGGGACAGGUCUCUUUCUAUGCUGUUGGCAGCCGCCAGUGCAUCUUCACCUUCUCUGUGGCUUCCUUCAGUGGAGAGAAGGUCUUCCCCUACUUCUGUGUGCUCCUCUCAACCAUCAAAUUGUCCCCCAAGGGCUGAUGUGCUGACAGGGUCGUUCCACAGCUGGUUGCACCAUGGUGUUUGGAAUGCUCCUUGAUGCUCCUCCAGUCUUCUCUUCCAGGUCUUGGAGUCCUUUCCAGCUCAACUCAUGGUCCUACCUUCAUCAUAGAUGUCUUUAUUUUGGGUUAUGUCCAGGGGAUUUUGAGUCUGCGCUCAGCACAGCUCGUCUCAUCUCAAAGCCACUGUCAUUAAAUUCAUUCAAAGCUUGUUAACAGAAGCAGGGCUACGCUGAACUGGUUUUGACCUGAAAACUUGACCUUUCCUCCCAGAUAGCCUUCUCUGAUAAUUCCUUUGCUGACCCCAAUGCCCAUCACUGGCCAGGCUUCCAACCCAGAUUAAAAAUCUUAAUUUUUGCAGGUUUUGCGUUAAUGCCAGCUGCUGCGUCAUUUUAAAACUGAUUUUGUCAUCACAAGGCUGUGCUCACGCUCACUUCCCCCACUCUUUCCCUCUCCAUGCUCAGGAUGUAUUUCCAAGUAAUUAACAUGCAAUUUAUAUAAAUGUGCUCAGAAUAUAAUAAAUUUUUUUUCUAAGAA